AAUUGAAUUUGAAUAAAAUGGUGUUACCUAAAAAUUUUUAAUUACAAAUAUUAAUAAAAUUUUAAUUUAGUUACUUUCCAGGAGAAUUGUUAAUUUUUUUUCUUUAACGUCCAUGUGGCUUUAAAUUAAGCUCCCUAUAAAGCUCCGCUCCUAUGACCUAAGCAGCCGAUUGAUCAACUCUAUAAGCUUGGAAUGAGCUUUCGUUUCAUAUAGAAAAAUGAAAAAACUCCAAAAUAAUGUCUAUUUGUUUCGACGAUCUGAUUUUGUAAUGGCAACAGCGUCCGAUUUAUUUUUGGAUAAAACACAAGUUCUACGGCUAUUUUCAUCUGAGGAUAUUCGAGAAACAGAAACACAUUCUGCUUUAUUUUAUUUUCAACCUACUGGGAUAAAUUUGUUUUUUUCUACAAGAGUCUGAAAAAGAGAGAAAAAAUAAAAUAGCCGCAAAAUUAAUUCACGACAAGAAUUAGUUACUCGAGAAUAAAAAUAUAAUAAGGACGAAAGACUGUUUGUAAAUAAAAAAUGGAAGAAGAUGAAGAGAGCAAUGUUGAGCGCGAGCGCAGAAGUACAGGUUCACAAUCGAAUUCGUUCAAUUCUGCGAGAUCAUCACAAGAUACAAUAUUCAACAGUUGUUUAGAUUUUCACGAGGUCAAUAAGGAGGAAAACAUUCUAAUUAUUGAAAAUCAAUUAAAUCAAAAAGAUUGUGAAUUAAUUCGGAAAAGUUACGAAACAAUGCACGAGGAUUUACAACAAGAUUGUAAACUGAAUGAUCAAUUUUCGGAUCUGGAAGAUCCGAAUUUAUACUUCCGGGACAAAAUUCGUAGCAUUGAUUUCGUCCUCGUCUAUGAUGAAUUCGAUCAGGAUGCGAUGAUCUAUCCGCACCAAAAAUAUCGAAGGAAAUUCGAAGAAAAUCUAUCGGCCGAGGGUCUCGAAUUUGAAUACGAACAACCGGAGAGAAAUGGAUUGUGCUUCAUAAAGAUUCACGCACCGCGUGAAGUAUUGCGAAGAUAUGCGGAAAUUCUAAAACUCCGACUACCAAUGAAGGAUGUGCCACAAUUAUUGAGACAAUUACCACCAACUCGUGGCAAUGUGAUUAUCGACGAAAUGAAUUCAAUUUUUCAUCGAUUAAUGAAACGAUAUUAUGUGAAUGCAAAUAUAUUUCCAACAAUGAAACAUCGUUUCAAUGCCGUCUAUAGUCGUGAUAAAGAAUAUUUAUUUGACACAAAUUCAGACGAAUUUUUCACCUCAUCGACAAAAUCAAGAAUUGUACAAUUUAUACUCGAUAGAACUAAAUUUACCGACGAUAUCGAUGAAUUUGCAUUUGGCAUUGAUAGACUUAUUUCGGAGAAGGCUUACGACUCGGCUUAUCCACUGCACGAUGGCAAUUUAAAGAAUGAGGCAUCAAUGCGCUUUUUGCUGUACAAAGAAUGGGCGAAUGUGAAAAAAUGCCUUCACUAUCAGCCACUUGACUAUGUGAAGGAAUAUUUUGGAGUGAAAAUUGGUUUAUAUUUCGCUUGGCUUGGAUUUUACACUUAUAUGUUAAUACCGGCGAGUAUUGUCGGUGUUCUUUGUUUUCUCUACGGAUGUCUAACGUUGAAUUCAAAUGAACCGAGUGAGGAUAUUUGCAGUCGUAAUUUAACGAUAAAAAUGUGUCCUCUCUGCGAUCAUUAUUGUCGAUAUUGGGAUCUCAGCGAGACAUGUUUUCACGCAAGAGUCACUUAUUUAUUCGAUAAUCCAGCGACUGUAUUUUUUGCCGUCUUCAUGUCAAUCUGGGCGACCCUGUUUUUGGAAUUAUGGAAAAAAUAUUCGGCGGAAAUAACUCAUCGAUGGGAUUUGACGAGUUUGGAUGUUCAUGAGGAGCAUCCACGACCGCAAUAUUUGGCUCGACUUGCUCACGUGAAAAAGAAAAAAGUGAAUUUAAUCACCAAUUCUGUUGAGCCGAAGGUUCCAUUCUGGAAAGUCAAAUUGCCAGCUACUAUUCUUAGUUUCUCUGUUAUUUUACUACUGAUAGCAGUGGCAAUGGCAGCAGUUUUGGGAGUUGUUUUAUACAGAGUAUCAGUUUUGUCAGCCCUCAGUGUCUAUGGUCAUCCGUCAGUCACAAGUUAUGCAAUUAUUUUUACAACAACCACUGCAGCUUGCAUUAAUUUAUGUUGCAUAAUUGUCUUCAAUUGGAUUUAUAUUUGGUUAGCGGAAUAUUUAACGGAGAUAGAAUUACCAAGGACGCAAACAGAAUUCGACGACAGUUUAACAUUGAAAAUCUAUCUCCUCGAAUUUGUGAAUUAUUAUGCGUCAAUAUUUUACAUAGCAUUCUUCAAGGGGAAAUUUGUCGGCUAUCCGGGAAAUUAUAAUCUCUUUUUCAAAAAUCGUCAGGAGGAAUGUGGACCCGGUGGAUGUUUAAUGGAACUGUGCAUUCAAUUGAGUAUAAUAAUGAUUGGAAAACAGGCGAUGAAUACAGUUUUAGAAAUGCUUUUUCCCUUAUUUUUCAAGUGGUUGAAUACAGUGAAAGUUCAUAUGAAUCGUAAAGAGGCGAGAAAGGGUAGAAAACAUUUUUCAAGAACAUUUCUCCCAUGGGUGAGAGAUUAUAAACUCGUCAAUUGGGGACCAAGGAGUUUAUUUCCCGAGUAUUUAGAAAUGGUCUUACAAUAUGGAUUUGUAACUAUUUUUGUCGCCGCAUUUCCAUUAGCACCAUUUUGCGCCCUAAUUAACAACAUUUUAGAAAUGCGAUUAGACGCGAAAAAACUUUUGACCCUGUACAGAAGACCCGUUGGACAAAGAGUGCGAAACAUUGGAAUUUGGUACAAAAUUUUGGAUUCUGUAUCGAAACUGUCGGCAGUUACGAACGCCUUCAUCCUCGCCUUCACAUCGAAUUUCAUUCCCCGUUUGGUUUAUCGAUUAACAAUCUCGAAAGAUUAUUCACUGAGUGGAUUUCUGCAGCAUUCACUGUCAAAUUUCAACACUAGUGACUUUAAAAAUGAAUCUCGACCAAUGAUUGAAUUGAAUAAUCACAUAAACAAUUGCUAUUAUCCAGAUUAUCGGGAACCACCGAAUUCAGUCAAUAAAUAUCAAUACACAAAUUUAUUUUGGCAUAUCCUAGCAGCGAGACUCGCUUUUGUUGUCGUCUUUGAGAAUGUGGUCGCUCUCGUCAUGAUUCUAGUCAGAUGGAUUAUUCCCGACAUGAGUAAUUCACUUCGCAAGCGAAUUCGUCGGGAAAUUUAUAUAACAAAUGAAAUUAUAAUACAACAUGAAGCUCAUAGAGCUUGUGGAAGAUUUAAUGUACCAAAUAAUCGUAUUCUUCCCCCCGAUUCAAUAUCAGAUCUCGAUCUUGAAGUUCAUUUAAAAUCGAAUAUUUAAAUUCCCUCACUCAUCAAUUUUUUUUUCUAGAAGAAAACUUGUAAUAUAAAUAUUAAAAGACACUUAUUUUUCUUUUCUUUUUUUUUUAAUAAUUAGUUUCUCAUUUUUAUACAAUAUUGUACAAAAUUUUUCACCGCUGAGUUUCCAUAAUGUGAAAGUAUAACAAAUUAUCUAAUUUAAAUUCUUAAAUUAAAAUAAAUUUUUCUUUCAGGUCACUGCGGUUCCUAUUUAUCCUUAAACUUAAUAUUCACAACGUUUUUUUCAACUUUUUUUUCACUACUUUAAUAAUUAUUUAAUUAAUUAUUAUUGAAUUAAAUAUUCGAUUCAUGCGUUUUUACUAUUUACAUAUAUAAUUAUAUUAAUAUUAACUUUUAAAGACUGAAGAUUCGAAUUUCAGACCAAAAGUUUAGUUUUUCUUUCGCGGGUCUGCCUAUAUUGAUAAUUGUCAUUUUUAUCAUUAUACGUGAUAAUAGAAUAUUUGUAUUUAUAAUAUAAAUAGUUUAUUUAAAAUAAAAAUAUUUUUUAAACUAUCUUAUUCAAUUAUUUCCGCUUAAUUUUUCUCUUCUAUUUUGAUUCUUUUUUCUCCUCUUACUUUUUAAUCCCGAUGGUGUUUUUUAAAAGACCAAAUUUUCAUUAGUAAAAAAUUUUCUGAGGUAGACGAAAAAUUGGUCAUUUAAACGUAAUUUUUUUUUCAAAUUUCUUCAAAAAAGAAAAUAAAUAAAUAAAUUUAGUGUAUCAAAAUAGUUUGCGAAUGUUAAAUG